AUGCCGGAUUCUCGACCGUCGAGGAGUCGAAAUGCCUUUUAUAAGGAGAACAUCAAAGCCGGCCAACAAGGGCUAUACGAUUCCGAUAAUCCACGAGUAUUUGGUGACGUCGGUAUGGCUGGUGUGGCUGUGGAUUCCGUAGAAGACAUGAAAAGGCUGUUUGAAGGUAUCCCGCUAGACAAGAUGAGUGUCUCGAUGACUAUGAAUGGAGCUGUAAUUCCCGUACUAGCUAUGUAUGUUGUAGCUGCAGAAGAGUCGGGCGUCGAUCGCAAAAAACUUACCGGUACAAUUCAAAAUGAUAUUUUGAAAGAAUUCAUGGUACGUAACACUUACAUCUAUCCACCGGAGCCGUCAAUGCGAAUUAUUGGUCAACAAAGUCACAGAAUUUCAUUGCAGGAAGCGGGUGCUGACGCUGUUUUGGAGAUGGCUUUCACGAUCGCAGACGGUAUCCAGUACUGUGAAACAGGAAUCAACGCUGGCCUUACCAUCGACGACUUUGCUCCACGUCUCAGCUUCUUUUGGGGUAUUGGAAUGAACUUCUACAUGGAAAUAGCCAAAAUGCGCGCUGCUCGACGUCUGUGGGCCGACCUUCUCAAGGAGCGGUUCCACCCGAAAAGUGAAAAAUCGCUCAUGCUCCGCACUCAUUGCCAAACCAGUGGAUGGUCCCUUACUGAGCAGGAUCCGUACAACAACAUUAUUCGAACAACCAUCGAAGCCAUGGCAUCAGUAUUCGGUGGAACGCAAUCGCUGCACACCAACUCCUUCGACGAAGCUCUCGGUUUGCCCACGAAAUUCUCUGCUCGAAUCGCCCGAAAUACACAAAUCAUUAUCCAAGAAGAGAGUGGAAUUUGCAAGGUGAUCGAUGAAAUUACCGAGAUGGGUGGUAUGGCUAAAGCGGUUGCAUCUGGCAUGACUAAGCUGAGAAUUGAAGAAGCGGCUGCUAAGAAGCAGGCCCGAAUUGACUCCGGCAAGGACGUCAUCGUCGGUGUCAACAAGUACCGCCUCGAACACGAGUCGAAAGUUGAUGUACUUCACGUCGAUAACCAGAAAGUGCGUGAGCAACAGAUCGCCAAGCUGGAGCAUAUUCGCAAGACCCGAGACCCACAAAGAGCCAAGGCUGCCCUGGAGGCGAUCACAGCGGGAGCUGCCGGCAAUGGAAAUCUUAUGGAAUUGGCAGUGGAGGCAUCUCGCGCUCGAUGCACUGUCGGAGAGAUUAGCGACGCAAUGGAGAAAGUCUUCACUCGUUAUGCUGCCGUGAACAAAAUGGUAUCAGGCGCCUACAAGUCAGAGUUUGGAGAGACGAACGAGAUCGCUCAGGUGAUGGAACGUGUGAAGGCGUUUGCUGCGAAGGAAGGUCGUCAACCUCGUCUUAUGGUAGCCAAGAUGGGACAAGAUGGUCACGACCGUGGUGCUAAGGUGGUGGCUACCGGAUUUGCAGAUCUUGGAUUCGACGUUGACGUUGGGCCGCUGUUCCAAACCCCUGCUGAAGCUGCUCAGCAAGCUGUUGACGCUGAUGUCCAUGUGAUUGGAGCGAGCAGCCUUGCUGCUGGACACCUCACACUUGUGCCUCAGCUGGUUCAAGAACUCGCCAAACUAGGAAGAGAGGACAUUCUUGUGGUUGUUGGUGGUGUGAUCCCACCGCAGGACUACGAUGCUCUGUAUAAGGCCGGUGCAUCUCUGAUCUUCGGACCUGGAACAAGACUACCUACUUGUGCCAACCAGGUAACUUUUUCUUCUGCUUUGGAAACUAGUUUGUUGAGUCGCCGUGGAAAGUGGCAAAACUGCUGCUGGCUGUUCUUCAGAACUUAA